CAGCUUUAAGUUGAAAUUGAUCCUUUCUGCUACCCACAUCUCGACUCUUCAUCAGCGCCACCUUCUUGGAUACAACGGGCUACAAAAAGGAACGGAUUUCAACACGGGAGCCAUCUAGGUCUUGUUCUUCGAACUAUCUGUACUGCAGCGUUCUUCACUUGUGGGAAUUGCAGUGCUAUCACUUGUGGUUCAUAUAUUUUUACGUCGAGCAUUGAUAUAAACCAACAUGCCUAAUUGCGGGGCAUGUGGAAAAUUUUUAUCGCCGGCAGGGGCCGCUGCUUGUAGUGUUUGUCCAUUUAAGUUUCACAAAGUCUGUCUGGGAUUAACUGAAAAAGCGCAAAUGAGUAAGGGUUGGCUUUGCCCGAACUGCGCGAAUAAAUCCCGAAGAGGAGGUGACAACAGCCAAACUCCAGUAAAAAACAUCUGCGGAGAUACCGAUACGGAGGCAGCGCCCUCUGGGCCUGAGGCAGGGCGUCCGAUAAGCGUGAGCAACGUUAAUGAGCAGCCGGAAGUCGCCGAGGUAUCUGAGUUUCGUCGCGAAUUCGCGGGAUACAUGGCAGAGAUACGCGAAUUCCGAAAGGAGAUGGCGAGUUUACGCGAUUCUCUUACGACAAUAACGUCGCGUCUCGACCUAGUAGAGCAGAGAGUGGAUGCACUGGAGAAGAUCCCGAAAAAAGUUGCCGAGCUCGAACUCACUAUAUCGCAGCUGAAGCAGGAGCUCAACGACCGUGAUCAGGAGGCGCUCCUUGCUGACCUCGAGAUCGGCCACCUCCCGGAAGAGAAGGGUGAAGGGGUUGUCCAGGCUGUGACGGUGUUGGCUGCGCGCAUUGGCGUGAAGCUGGAGGAACACGAUGUGGUGUUCGCGGAGCGCGUGGGCCCACCCCCGGCCGAAGUGGGGGGUCGCGCGCGCCGCGUUGUGGUGCGCCUGUCCCGCCGACACCUGCGAGACGAGUUGCUGCGCGCGGCGCGCGUACGUCGCUCUCUUGCUGCACCCGAUGGAAACCGAGUGUAUGUCAACGAGCGACUGACCCGACCGAACCGUCAGCUCUUUCACCGCGUGCGCGAGGAGUGCCGUCGGUUGCACUGGCGCUAUUCUUGGACGAAGCGUGGUCGAAUAUACACUCGGCAAGGUGAUGGGAAACCCAUCUUUCAAUUUCGAGUGGUCGAAGACCUCGCCCGUGCGUUUGGCCCUCAAGAAGCAGUAUCGAAUUAGUGACCUACAAAGACAUAAAAUUAUGUACAGUGUAUACCACAUAUUUUAUCAUACAAUGUUAAGAUCU